AUGUCGGCCUCGGGCGCGCCAUUCGGCAACUCUUACACGCCCACCCCCGACUGGCCCUUCCCUCGCGCGCCCGACCCGCCCGGCUUCUUCGACAACCUGCUCAACCCCGCCGCCCGCGACCCCUUCGCCUACCCCGUCACCUCGCCCUACGACAUGUCGCGCCCGCAGCCCGGUCGCCUGUCCAACGGCUACGUCGACCUGACCUCGCCGCACGUCGACCUGACCGCCCCCGACACCCCGCCGCGCCGCAAGCGCUCGACCGCCUCGCCCGGGCCCUCGGCGAAGCGCCAGAAGCGCCCCGACGCCACCCCGCCCGCCGCCAUCGAGCAAAUCGACCUCUCGCAGGACGACGACGUCCUCGCCGUCCUGCAGAAGCAGCGCGAGCACGCCGUCGCCGCCCAGGCCAAGCCCGAGGAGAUCGUCGCCGCCUUCAACACCUUCAACUGCGUCAUCUGCAUGGACCGCCCCACCGACAUCUCCGCGACUGCCUGUGGCCACCUGUUCUGCCACACCUGUCUCAUGGAGGCCCUCAUCGCGGGCGAGAACCGCGCGGGGCCCGGUGAGCCGCGCCGCUCGCAGUGCCCCGUGUGCAGAAAAACCAUCAGCCGCAACAAGGCCACGGAUGUCAUUCCGCUGCUGCUCAAGAAGGGGCUGGCCUCGCAGCCGAGGCGGAAGGCGGGCGCGAGCGCCGCGAAGACGAAGGUACAGUGA